AUGACAUUAGCCGUUGCAUGGAGGUGGUUGUCCGCUAGGCCCAACGGUAUCUUGGCACUUUUGACGGCGCUUCAGGCACACGACUCGGGUACAGUCGCUCAAGACAAGAUUCCGAAUUCGUCCGAUCUUCCAGGUGCCAUCCGCUGCGUCGUGUUGGUCAUAGAAUUGACAUUCGUCAGUAGUGGCGCUUUCUUCCUGCUACUGAGUAGCUCUGUCCUUGGAUUGCUAGCGCGCAGUCUCCAACACGCUUUGCUUGCUGCAGUUAAUGCCCAGAUUGUGCCGGACGAUGCUGUCGUCCAUAUCUGCGAGACUAUGAUGUUCGGGUGGGGACUUGUGACGUUCAUGAGCUGGUUCUUCUGCCAAACGAAGCGUAACCUCGUGCAAAGACUCGCGGAGUACGGAUCGAGCGACACAAAGUCUUGCAUCACGUCGGUUGCGGUACACUUCACGGCCAUCGUGGUGCUCUUAUUCUUGCAGCUGCAGACUGAAGCGCAGGUUUUAGUGUCUUUGAAAAAUGUUGAGACUGUGGUGUAUCGGCCGGAUGGAUCGUUCGCUACAGCGGAGAUCAUGCAAAACCUACUGCUUGGUCCGAUAAAGGAAGAGCUCUUUUUUCGAGGAGCGAUUGAGCUGGUGGCUAUUAAUCGAUUGCAAAAUGCUAAAUGGAGUGCUGCAAUUUCCGCUGUAUUGUUUGCCGCUAUCCAUUUGGUUAAUGCAAGGCAUCCUCGAACGCAAUACUCAGCGAGCUACGUGGCAUUCCAGGUGCUCUGGGCGUUCCUAGUUGGGCUUUAUCUAGCGCUUACACUUGCAGUCUCCGGUUCGAUGGUGAAGUGCCUUGUCUUGCAUGUAACGAACAACAUAUUUGCCUUAGGAGUGUCCAAGACAAAUGCAGUAGAUCUUGUGCAGCCUCUUACUGUUUUCUUCAUACUGUCUGCACUGGCAAUUUAUUCCUUGGCGAUUUCAAGACAGCUACAACUACUUUGCGUGUGCAACUGCAAAGAAAAACAGCCAUCAAGAAAUCAUGAAGAGUGA